AUGACGACAAGAUGCCCUGUGGCAUUCAAUUUGUCCGGCCCGUCUCCUCUACGCGCCUUACUUUACAGGCUUUCCGCGUGCUCAGUUGACCCAUUCCAACCCCGUCGCCGGAGAUUCCAAUCCACAGCAGCCCAAGCAAACACGUGCGAGAACCCAGAUCUCCCUGCAGACCGCGAAUCUGACGAAAUAAAAAAUGACGUUACGAAUAAGUCCGCUUCCCUUAGUUGCAACAGCUCACCAAACACCGUCUCUCCCGAAAACUUUGAACGUCCGCCCUCGCGCCAGACAACAGUUGUCCAAUCCCCCGUCCUCCUCCGUAAAGCUGCCCGCACAAAGCUCCACGAGAAAAUCCCCCGCAAAACAGACUUUGAUGUCUUGAAACGCAACCCAUGGGCCCGGGCACUGGCAAGCCCGUUGCGCAUGUGCGCCGCGACACAAGCGCGGGUUCCCAAAGACUUCCUUGGCGAUUAUGGGCUCGUAGAACAUCCACAGUCCGGAUCACCGUGGAUGAUGCCGGUGCGGCUAUUGGGGGAUGAAAUUCGGAGCAUGGCAUUAGGCCCUGAACGGAAAGCGCAUGAAAGUGAGGAGGGAGAGAAAAGCCAGGAGCAAGAGGAAGCCGGGCCGUCGGAAGAGCUACAAGUCACAGCUGAGCCUCCACGACGGAAAAGCAGACCUCAGCGCCUCCCGGUGAUUCGUAUAGCGAAUAAUCCCGCACUGCUCUCUCGAAUAGCGAAAGGGGCAAAUACACAUGCCACUCGCUCUCUGCUACCAUAUAGAUGGAAAUAUCCCAAUGGGUUCCUCACUAAGAAAGAGAAUGAUAGCAUCAUUUGGCGGGAAGAUCUACCAGAAUUUGUGCUGACCCAUAUGAGAAAAAAUGUUGUUAGGGGGCUUAAAGUCAGCUGCAUCGUUGGAAAAGACCACCGGUGGAGUGUGCUGGAGAUUGAUCCCAAAUCCACGCUGAUAGACAACCUGGAAAAUGGACUGAAAUCACUGGGGAACUUGAAGAAUAUAAAAUGCGGUGCCGUCCUGCUGCUCAAACCUCAGCCAGAAGGCAGCCCGCUCGAUGGUAGCCCAUCUAUACCAGAGCUUGUAAAGCUCCCGCUUCAGGGGACCCAGAUCCCUAUCUUCUAUCUUCCAAGGCUCCUCUCGGAAGAGAAUUUGCAGGAGCUUCGAGAUCACCAUGAAUUCUUCACAAAAAACGCUGUGCUGUUUAGGCCUUCGGGUGAUAAAACUAUUUAUACGAUGCAGGGUCUCUGGAGACUACAUUCGUAUGUGACUAUUGGAACUAGUUAG